AAAAAAGUUGGAAGCCACUAAAUGUCAGAGGAAUUGCAAAAAGCUGGACUUUAUAUUGACGAUAUCUACAGAUUGCGGGUUCAGGAUCCACGCAUUGCCAACGAGACAAGUGAGCUGCGAGAGGAAUGUUUGGAAUAUGCCAACAAGCUGCAGGAGUUCAAGAAACUCGGUGAGGACUUCUAUAAGACAACCAGCAGUUAUGCCAAGGAUGUGGAAAUGGAAAAGCUGCGUGCAAUUGGCACACAAAACCAACUUAAGACCAUGGCCAUGCAGCGUCAGGCACAAGUAUAUCAAAACCAGUGUCAAAUUCAGGAGCGUAGCAUUGAAUUGGAACGCUUGAAGAGUGAAUAUCAGUACUUACAAAGGAUUGAGUCCGAACAGCAGGAGAUUAUUAAUAACUUUUUGAUGAACCAAUAAAAGCGAUUUUAUUCAAAUUUAAAACUA